AUGGUGCUUGGCCUUAAAUAUCAUCCAGGGCCCUCAGGACCCCCAGCUGGGUUGUUACUAAUGAAAAAUGCAAGAAGAGUGUCUGUCCAAACUCUACUGAUGAGGGAGGGGCCUGAAGACCCUGAGGGCUGUGGGGGGUGAGGAGGUGUGGCUAUGGGCGGAGUCAGCCGGCCGAUUGGAUGGCUCGUCCGUGUGCCUCUCUCUGCAGACUGACCACCUCGGACUCUGAAAAUGGCACGCAGAGAGAUCUGCUGGAUCCUGCUGGCUUUGCUGUGCUGCACAGCACUCAGGGUCGUCUGCGCAGGCAGGCAGAUGCCCAAGCUCUCCGACAAGAAGCUGUGCGCAGAUUCGGAAUGCAGCCAUGUCAUACUCAUGGCCCGCGCCUUGGAGGACUUCUACCCCCAGGACUGCCGCUUCAUCCCCAUCAGACAAGGCCAGGUCGUCUACGUGUACGCCAUGCUGAAGGACAGCGGGAAUCUCUUCUGGGCAGGAAGCGUUCAGGGGUCGUACUACGGGGAGCAGGAGGCUCGGCUCGGUCAUUUCCCCAGGAGCGUCGUGGAGGAGACCCGGACGCUGAUGCCGGCCACGGUGGAGGUGGAGACGGACAAAUGGGACUUUUACUGCUCAUGAGUGAAACUGGCGUCCGUGCUCAUUCUGAAGUCAUCCUGCACACCGAAAUCCGCAUUUACAAUAUUCACAAUGCAUGUUAGAUUAGCUAGCUCGUGCGCUGUACAGGUGAUUUGGAAGAAGGCAUCAUUAAUAUUAUGCUUAAUGUAAAGUCCCAAAAGGGACUUGCACCAAGUUUAAUAGAAUCCUUACUUUACAUUAUUAUCUUGUAAUAUCUUUCAUAAAUAUAAAUAAAUACGCUGCUCUCAA